AUGUCCACCCUCCAAGCUUCAACAUUCCUGUCUUCAUCUCCUUGUAAAAGAGUAAUACAAGCUACUCUCCAUGGCCAUGUUCCAAAACCUCGAUCUGCAGCUAUCCCCAAACUCCCAGCUCGGGACUUGGUGGAGGAAUUAAUGAACAUGAGAGCUGCUGGAUAUACAAGCACGACGACAACCACACAGCUGCAGCCCAAACUAGUAAGGCAGGCCAGAACUGUUGCUACCACUACCAAAAGAGGCGACGUGGAUGCUGAUGACCACCCCAACUUCACGGUGAUUGCCGAGCUCUAUGAGAUCAUGGAGGCCACGGCAGACAGGGCGGAGAUGCACGCCAACAUCGAAAAGCAACGGAACAACUGGAACAACCUCUUCCUCACAUCCAUUAAUUCAAUUACCAUCGCCGCUGCAACCAUGGCAGCACUUGCAGCAACAUGUGGAGAAGUGGGAACACCACUUGUUGCGCUCAAGCUCUCAUCCACUCUUUUGUAUUCGGCAGCCACUGGGAUGCUGCUGGUGAUUAACAAGAUCCAGCCAUCUCAACUAGCGGAGGAACAACGUAACGCUGCUAGACUGUUCAAGCAGCUUAAUGGGCAGAUCCGAACAAUCCUUGCCCUUGGCAAUCCUACUGCUAUGGAUGUCAAGGACGCCAUGGAGAAGGUAUUGGCGCUUGACAAGGCCUACCCCCUUCCCCUGCUUGGAACAAUGCUCGACAAGUUCCCUGCAACUGUAGAGCCUUCUGUGUGGUGGCCGCAACAGCAGAAACGCCGCAGCCAUCGGAGAGCCGAGAAGAACGGCUGGAGUGGGAAGCUGGAAGAGGAAAUGAAGCAGAUUGUAGAGGUGCUGAAGAGGAAAGAUAUCCAAGAGUAUGUGAGGUUGAGCAAAUUAGCUUUGAAAGUUAGCAGGAUCUUAGCAAUUACUGGUCCUUUACUCACUGGCCUGGCUGCCGUUGGGUCUGCUUUGGUGGGAGUGGGAUCGCCGUUGCAUGGAUCUUGGGCUGUGUUUUUGGGUGUGGUUGCUGGAGUUAUGGCAAGCGUGGUGAACACCUUGGAGCAUGGUGGGCAAGUAGGAAUGGUGUUUGAGAUGUACCGGAGCUCUGCUGGCUUCUUUAGACUCGUGGAAGGGUACAUAAAGUCCACUCUUAAGGAAGGGAAAGCGGGGAGAAGAGAGAAUGCAGAGUUAUUUGAAAUGAGGGUGGCUUUACAACUUGGUAGGAGCAUUUCAGAGCUUAGAGAUCUCGCUGCGUCGUCGUCGGCAUCUUCAUCAAGAGAGUUUGCAAGCAAGCUCUUCUAA